CGCCUGUGUGCUCUGUAGCGGCUGUGUUCUGAAUGAACGCUGUGUUUAUACACUAGAUCUAGUGUACGUGUGAUAGCUGGGCGGUGUUUGUGCACACUGGGCUCGGGGGCGGUGUCUGACCCGCUGUGCGGCGGAAGUGCAGCAGUAAAUCAGUGCCCUCGGUAGUGUGCUCGCUGAAGUACAGGCGGCGCUUUGUUCCCUCGCGUCACGCUGCAGUAACGGAGAACAGCGGCUCUCGCUGGGGAUGAAGGGCUCGGUCUCGGUCUCCGGCGGAGAAUAAGCGCAGGAUCCUCGCUUCUCAUGAGUCUCCCGCGGCUGGACGAGUGACAGCGGCUUCAUAAACACUCGGAUCUCACACACUCACGGUUUAUUCCCGAUCCACGGACACGAUGGAGCAGGACGCGAUCACGCCUUUGUUGGAGGAUUUUCUGCUGUCUCCGCUGGUGUGCUGGGUGAAGACGGUCUCUCCGCUGGGCUCCGACGGCUCUCCUCUGUCCGAGUUCAUGACGCUGGUGGACGGGGUUUAUUUGAACGACAUCAUGACGGAGAUAAACCCAAAGAGCAGUGUCCAGAGAGCCCAUAGGAAGGUGAAGAACGAGCCAACACUGCGCAUCCAGAACCUGUCCCUCCUCGUGCAGCAGAUCAAGUCCUGCUAUCAGGAGACGUUGCAGCAGCUGGUGGUGAUGUCACUUCCUGACGUGCUGGUGCUGGGCCGGACUCCUCUGAGCGAGCAAGGACUGGAGGAGAUGAGGAAGAUCCUGCUGCUGCUGCUGGGCUGUGCUGUACAGUGUAACAGGAAGGAGGAAUACAUCGACCGGAUCCAGAUGCUGGACUUUGACACACAGGCGGCCAUCGCUGCUCACAUUCAGGAGGUGACUCAUAACCAGGAGAACGUGUUUGACCUUCAGUGUGUAGAGGAGAGUGAGUCUGUCCCGAACGAUAAAGACAUCGUCUUCAGACAGCUGACCUUUAACCUCAAGCGCCUCGUGGACGAGCGAGACCAACACGCUGAGAUGGUGGUGUCUCUGUCUCUGGAGCGUGAGGCUGGGCUGCUCUCUCUUCACACUGCUCCUUCUCCCGGAGAGUCUCCCAGCAUCAGACGCACUGAGAGCGUGCAGCAUCUGUCUGUGGAGCUGGCGGACGCUAAAGCCCGGAUCAGACGCCUGCGGCAGGAGCUAGAGGAGAAGAGCGAGCAGCUGCUGGACUGCAGACAGGAGCUGGAGCACACAAAGAGCGAGGUCAAGAGACUGCAGCAGGAAAACCUACAGUUGCUCUGUGACGCGCGGUCGCUGCGGGCGUAUCGGGAUGAGCUGGACGCGCUCCGAGAGAAGGCCGUCAGGGUGGACAAACUGGAGAGUGAAGUGACACGCUACAAAGAGAAACUCCAUGACAUUGAGUUCUACAGGACCAGAGUGGAGGAACUGAAAGAGGACUAUCAGGUUCUCCUGGAGACCAAGAGCAUGCUGGAGGAUCAGCUGGAGUCAUCCAGAGCUCGAUCUGAUAAACAUCAUGAGCUGGAGAAGGAAAAUCUGCAGCUUAAAAACAAGAUCCAUGACAUGGAGAUGGAGCGAGACAUGGACAGGAAGCGCAUGGAGGAGCUGCUGGAGGAGAACCUGACGCUAGCGGUGGCCCAGAAACAGAGCAUGGACGAGUCUCUACAUCUGGGCUGGGAGCUGGAGCAGCUCUCCAAGACCACACCUGAGCUCUCUGAUGUGCCGCAGAAGUCUCUGGGUCACGAGGUGAACGAGCUGACGUCCAGUCAGCUGCUGAAGCUGGAGAAGGAGAAUCAGAUGCUGCUGAAGAGCGUGGAGGAGCUGAAGGCCUCCAGUGAGAGCGGCGCACGCCUCCGACUGGAAAAAGACAACCAGAAGCUCAGCCAGCAGCUGGAGCAGCUGCAGGCGGAGCUGACCGCAGACAGAGAGAGUCUGCGCAGCGCUGAGAGUCUGAGCACAGAUCUGCUGAAGGAGAAGGGACAGCUGGAGAAAACACUGGAGACACUGCAGCAGAACUCUGACAGACAGGUGAAGGGUCUGGAGCAGGAGAAUGAUCAUCUGAACCAGACCAUCACCUCUCUCAGACAGCGCUCUCAGGUCAGCGCCGAGGCUCGCGUCAAAGACAUCGAGAAAGAAAACCGCGUCCUGCACGAGUCCAUCAAAGAGACCAGCAGCAAGCUCAACAAGAUGGAGUUUGAGCGCAAACAACUUCGCAAAGACCUGGAGCACUAUAAAGAGAAAGGAGAAAGAGCCGAGGAGCUGGAGAUGGAGGUCCAUCGACUGGAGCGAGAGAAGGAGAGUCUGCAGAAGCGUCUCGCUGCUCUCUCCAUCACCUGUGGGAAGGUGGAGGUGCUGGAGAAGGAGAACGCUGAGCUGGAAGCAGAGAGCAGGAAACUGAAGAAAGCGGCGGACGGUCUGAGGAACGUUUCCUAUCAGCUGGAGGUGCUGGAGAAGGAGAACACUCAGCUGGAUGAAGAAAACCUGGCGCUCCGGCGCAUGGUGGAGUCUUUACGGUCCACCGGAGCAAAGGCUGCUCAGCUGGAGCUGGAGAACAAAGAGCUGGAGAGCGAGAGAACCCAGCUCAAGAAGAGUCUCGAGCUCCUGAAGGCUUCGUCCAAAAAAAACGAGCGUCUGGAAGUCAGUUACCAAAGCCUGGAGGCAGAGAACCAGCGGCUCCAGAAAGCCCUGGAGAGCGGCAGCCGCAAGAUUCAGCAGCUGCAGGGAGAACUGCAGGACACGGAGAUGGAGAACCAGAGCCUGCAGCAGAGCCUGGAGGAGCUGAAGAUCUCCAGCAAAGGUCUGGAGCAGCUGGCGCAGGAGAACACGGCCCUGGAGCAGGAGAACAACCAGCUGGAGAGAGACAAGAAGCAGCUGGAGAAGGAGAACAAGCGGCUGCGACAGCAGGCUGAAAUCAAAGACUCCAGACUCGAUGAAGACAACCUGCGCAUCUCUCACCUCGAGAAGGAGAACCGCACGCUGGGCAAGGAGCUCACCGCUCUCAAAGACACGUGUGGCCGCGUCAAAGACUUGGAGAAGGACAAUAAAGAACUGGUCAAACAAGCAACCAUAGACAAGAAGACCCUGGUCACUCUGAGAGAGGAGCUUGUCAAUGAGAAAUUAAAGACCCAGCAGAUUAACAAUGACCUGGAGAAGCUGACCCAUGAGCUGGAGAAGAUCGGCCUGGAUAAAGAGGGGCUUCUGCGUGAUGAAGAGAGCUCUGAUGACAGGUUUAAGCUUCUGGAGUGUAAGCUGGAGUCCACUCUCAAGUCCUCUCUGGAGAUCAAAGUGGAGAAGAUCGCUGCUCUAGAAGCCCGACUGCAGGAGUCCUCCAACCUCAACCAGCAGCUGCGGCACGAGCUCAAAACGGUGAAGAAGAACUACGAGGCUCUGCGUCAGCGUCAGGAGGAGGAGUGUUCGGCUCAGAGCUCGCCUGCGAGAGGACGGGAGGACACUCAGAGCAAAUGGGAGAAGGAGAGUCAGGAGGCCACGCGAGAGCUUCUGAAGCUCAAAGACCGACUCAUAGAGGUGGAGAGGAACAACGCCACUCUCCAAGCAGAGAAGCAGGCUCUCCGGACGCAGCUGAAGCAGCUGGAGUCUCAGAGCGGGAAUCUCCAGGCACAGAUCCUGGCUCUUCAGAGACAGACCGCGUCCCUACAGGAGAACAACACCACGCUACAAACACAGAACGCCAAACUACAGGUGGAGAACUCGACGCUGAACUCUCAGAGCGCCGCUCUCAUGUCCCAGAAUGCUCAGCUGCAGACGCAGCAGUCCGGCACAGAGAGCGAGAGGGACGUGGCCAUUCGAGAGAAGGAAGAGCUGCGCUCGGUCUACGAUCUGCUGCUGCACGACCACGAGAAGCUGUCUGCGCUGCACGAGAGACAAGCCUCAGAGUACGAGGAUCUGAUCGGCAAACACGGAGAGCUGAAGAGCGGCCACAAGAGCCUGGAGCUGCAGCACCGCAGUCUGGAGAACAGGUACAAUCAGCUGCUGAAGCAGAAGAGCGAGCUGGAGCAGCUGGAGAGAGAGCUCACAGCAGAGCGAGAGAAGAUGAUGUCUGACAGCAGGAGUCAUCAGGACACGGCCGCACAGUACCAGAGGCUCAGCGAGGAGCACCACACGCUGAGCUCCACACACCAGCAGCUCCUGAAGGACAACGAGCUCCUGCAGACAGAUCAUAAGAGCCUCAAGAGUCAGCUGAACACGGCUCGGCUGGAGCAGACGCGUCUGGAGGCAGAGUUCUCCAAACUCAAAGAACAGUACCAGCAGCUGGACAUAACCUCCACCAAACUCACCAACCAGUGCGAGUUGUUAAGUCAGCUGAAGGGGAACCUAGAGGAAGAGAACCGGCAUUUGCUGGAUCAGAUCCAGACCCUCAUGCUGCAGAACCGGACCCUGCUGGAGCAGACCAUGGAGAGCAAAGACCUGUUCCACGUCGAGCAGAGACAAUACAUUGAUAAACUCAAUGAACUGAGGAGACAGAAAGAGAAACUUGAGGAGAAGAUUAUGGAUCAGUAUAAAUUUUAUGACCCGUCACCUCCACGAAGGAGGGGCAACUGGAUCGCGCUAAAGAUGAGGAAGCUCAUCAAGCCAAAGAGUCGUGAGCGCAUGCGCUCUCUCACGCAGACACCCUCCCGCUCAGAGUCCAGCGAAGGGUUCCUGAUGUUGCCGCAGCCAGACAGUCAGGACAGCUCGUCCAUCGGCUCUGGAUCCAAUUCGCUGGAGGACAAUCUCACCCACCACAGCAGCAGGAAGAGAUUUGAGAAAAGCCAAACACAGGCUUCCUCUAACGCACUGAAAAAGCUUGCGUUCAUGAGGAACCGAUCCAAGGAGAAAGACCAAGUGAAGGCCGUCUACCGCCGCUCUAUGUCCAUGAACGACCUGCUGCAGACGAUGGCAGUGUCCGGGGGUCAGUGGUCCAGCAGCACGGAUCAUCUCGAAGCUCCAGACGAAGCCAUCGGUGCUCAGCACGGGAAGGAGUUUGGAUCCAUGGACUACUCCGGACUGAGCCUGACCCACGGCCGCAGCGCUCGCCUCCGCUCGGACACAGGUGCAGCCAUGUCCAGUGAAGACGUCACACAGUCGUCGUGGUCAGAGCGAGCUCAGGGUGUGAUGAACGGCAGUGUGAGCCGGCCUCACAGCGAGAGCAGUGACCUCAGUGUGAGUCUGGACAGUCCUGCCACACACAGCUCCCUGGAGGGAAAACACAGAGUCACAUCUGCAGGAAGUGAGGUGGUGUCCCUACAGCAGUUCCUGGAGGAGAGCACAGAGCCAGCAGAGUCGUCCGGUGUGUCCAAGGAGCGUGUGAAGAGCCGAGGUAUCCUGCGGUCAGCCAGCAGUAAGGCGUCUGCGGUGGACAGUGCUCGAGCCGGUCAGCCGGGCCGCCCCAGCCUGCGUAAGGCCGAGAGCACGCGGUCCAAGGGCUCCGCUCCUCCCCGAGCCGGUCUGUCAGCGCAGAGCAAAGCCUCGUCUGCGUCUCUGUCGGAGCGUCUGGACUCCAGCACUGGUCUGCCCCGCGCCAGCAGCGUGAUCUCCACCGCCGAGGGCUCUGUGCGCCGCACCAGCAUCCACGAGCUGCUCUCCAAGGACAGCCGUCAGCCCGUGCUGGUGGACCCCGCUCCCGCACGCUCCCAGAGUGAGUACAGUGAGCCGGCCCUGCACAAGUCCACUAGCAUGCCCUGCCGCGUACAGGAGCCCCAGCCGUCCAGCCUGCAGGCCUUUCUAGGUCCCUCCUUCACCGUAGACUCCAUCUUUCUGGACUCCAUCUUUAGCGAGCCAGCGGUGACGGGCGGCGCUAGAAACCAGACCGUCCUGUCCCUCAACACCGCUCUCGUUAGUAACAUUAGCGGCCCGCCCCAUAAGGCCAAGCGCUCAGACGAGCAGCCCGCUGAGCCCGAGCCUGACCCCGAGGACGGCCAGUCGCUGUGGUACGAGUACGGCUGCGUGUGACCCCUGACCCCGCCUGCAUGAGUCCGGUCUGUGUUGUGUGUGUGAGUGUGUGUGUGAUUCUCUGUUGGACUGAACCUCCAUCACUCUUGUGUUAACUGAUGCCGUCUGCUGUGUGUGUAACCGCUGAUCCACCUUCAUGUUUAUGAACACCAGGCUUGUAGAACAAGUCCCAUGAUGCUCCUCUGGUUGUGUUCUUGAACUGUUUGUGUGCAUGGCUUUAUCCUCCACGCUGGGGAGACCGUAUGAACACCUCUGUCUGACCCAGCGAUGCAUGCGGUGUAAACACAUGACCUGACGGAAACUGCUUCUUCUGUUGAAGUGUGGCUUGCUUUCAUCUGCAGAUGUGGAAAACAGGAAGAGUAAGAGCAGAGGUGGAGCUCAGAGUUUGUCCUGAAUCCCACGGUGAGUGUCCCGAUCCUCGAGAAGCUCUUGACCCUGUCAGUGCUCCUCUGGCCAGAGAACAGAGCCAGGCGUCAGUCUCGCUCAUCAGCAGUCAGGGCUCAUGACUUACUCAAUGUUCCUUCAGGGUUACUUAUAAUGCUUAAUUAAACACAAAAGUGGAAUUCAACCGUCCUUCUGAACUCCUCUCUAAAACGGCCUGUUUUUAAGGGGCGUGUACUUUAUGGCUUCUCAGUAAUCAGCCAUUGUGGUUGGCUAACAUCACUGCAUAUUAAACACUAUCAACAAAUCAAAUGAAACCGUUAUUUCCUGAAAAGCAUUAUGAAAUCAUGGACGUACGGUUUGUGAUGCAGCUGUGCCAUUAAAGAUAAACUGUGACCCUCACAUUCAAGCGUAAUCACCGGUGGGCGGGGCCUAUCUCAGUGUGUUGCUCUGGGGGCGGAGUCUAUGCACAUGACAUCACCUCGCCCCUCAGGUCCUAAACAAGCUGUUCUCUGAGGGGUAUUACAUAAUGAUUUUUAUUAAUGAGGAGCACACUUUAAUCUUUGAAACGUGCAGGAUUCUCGAGGGAAAUGUGGUUUCUCAUGUCAUGACCUCUUUAAACACAUCCUCAGAAAGAUCUUCACUGAAUCUCCACAUCGAAGGUGAUUUGGUUCAGAAACUUAUUUAGUUUAGUUCUGCUGGCUGAAAGUCUCUUCUCAUCCCGAUAGCAAACACUAAGUGCUCUAAAUGUAUUUAUAUGUAUUUAUAUUGUCUGUUGAAAGUGUAGGAUCAUAAAUGUUAAAACGAUAUUCACAUAAUCUCAUUACAUUGUUUGUCAUAUUUAGUGUUUUUAUAUACAGUAGUUUGUUUGCUGUUUGUCUCAGUUAAUGUCUUCUUUCUCUGUUUGAAUCAGAGGGAUCUGUUCAUUUUACCCGCAUUCAUGUUCACGAUAUGUAAUAAAAUUUCUAGUUAAAAUA